CCCACCAAUCCAAUAUAGCUUCUCUCUAAAAAUUCCAAUCUAGCCGCCCGUUCUCCUCUUUGCCUGUUACUUUCAGGUAUUUGGUAUUUGGGACGGACGACCCCGAAUUCGACCAUGCCUCUUCUUUCUUUCCUUGAACCAACUUCUCCUACACGUUUGUCUUUGAUCUAUUUAUCCCCUGGAUUUAUGCGAAACCUUUCGUAGUAACUACAAUCUUCGCAAAUACGUAACCUCCAGCAGAAUACAAUCGUCAUCACUGAGGCGAUAGACACCCAAUCCUUCACCACCCCGACAGUCACUCGAUCUUUCCUAUAUCAACUAUUCGCUCGUUAAGCCUACUUAUGAGGUCGGUAUUACAGCGCGGAAUUUUCGAGUAGGGAUCUAGGUCGAGUGUCGACCACGGUAAAAUAUGAGUGACAGUGGCAGCGCUCAGAAAAAUCAGGGUAUCACCCUGAUUGCCUUCGUUACUGCCCUCAAUGUCUCGUUGGUAGUCUUUGGUAUCCAGACGGGAUUAUUCUUAUUAUUGAGGAAUAAAUUAUCUAGAAUAUUCAAGCCCAAAACAUAUCUCGUGCCCGAACGCGAACGAACUGAACCUCCGCCUAGUAGUCCAUGGGGAUUAGUUAACACACUACUCCGAUUUCGAGAUCGCGAAAUCAUUAAAAAAUGCGGUCUAGACGCCUACUUCUUCCUCCGAUACCUCCAGACGCUGCUGGUCAUAUUCAUACCUAUGGCCUUAGUCAUCAUUCCGAUCCUUGUACCAGUCAAUUAUGUUGGUGGAAUCAGUCGCAACUUUUCAUCGAACAGUACCGAUGACAACGAUGGUGUAAACUCUACCGAUCCCCAAGGCGUCGAUUAUAGUGACCCUAGUGAGCCGAAAUCUAAUAUCACUGGCUUAGAUACUUUGGCCUGGGGAAAUGUGAGGAAGGACCAGACAAACAGGUAUUGGGCACAUCUUAUUCUCGCUGUAUUAGUUAUCAUAUGGGUUUGCGGAGUCUUUUUUUCCGAGCUGAGAGUUUAUAUUAAGAUCCGCCAGGAUUGGUUAACAACUGCAGAGCACCGCCUGCGGGCAUCAGCCACGACUGUUCUGGUGAGCGGUAUUCCUGAUAAGUGGCUGACUGAGGAUGCUCUGAGAGGCCUCUUCGAUGUGUUCCCAGGAGGACUUCGAAACGUCUACCUUACACGGGACCUGACACACCUUUUGGACAAGAUCGCCAAACGUGACCAGAUUCACCAGCAGUUAGAAGAUGCCUUAACAGAUCUCAUUAUAACAGCUAAGAAAGCCCAACUUAAGAAGAGGGAGCAAGACGAGAACCAGGCGCGCAGAGCGUCUAAGUCUCAUCGUCCUACAAAAGCAGAAAAGCUUCAACGUCAGAAGAGGGAGGACGAUGCAGCUAAAAGGCAAGCUGAAGGUGGCCAGGGUCUAAGCAGUGGUGAUCGACACGAAGUACCGCACGAUUUAGAUGAGGCGGAAGCAGUGGCCGAAGCUGAACUUAAACAUGAAGCUAGGCCAUCUACCGGUCAUGGUGUGACAACCGGAUUUUCGAAAGUGACCGGAGGAAUUGGAAAGGGAGUCGGUGCUGUGGGUCAAGAGGUUUUCGGAGGCGCUAAGAGGCUCACGCGCGGCCUCGAUAAUCAAAUCGAAACGACGAGCGGCUUUGUGGCGAUAAGACCGCCGCGAAGCCCUUCGCCCGCUCCCAUUAGCCGUGGAUCGGAUCGCCGUCACGUACAGCUGCCGGAUGAAAGAGAUCUACCAAGACCGUCAUUCCAGAGCUCAAAUCAUCCACAAGGCGUAAAACCUGAGGAUCGUGUCAUGGGAGCACAAACAGCACAGGGUCACUCGCAUGCCGGCUCUACCAUAUCUCAAGAUUCCAUUCUCAAGAAGGACAGCGUCGAGCUGCGACAGUUAGGAAAUACAACCCGCAAGCUUACUAACCUCGAGGAUAUGCAAGACAACGAACCUAAGAAAUGGUAUCAGUUCUGGAAACCUCCACAAGGCGGAUACGCGUCCCCGGUCCCUCAAGGAUACGAAGGCGACGAUUUUCCAUUCAAAAAGAAGGAAAAAACAUUCUGGGAGAAGGUUAAAUCAUGCAUUCCAUUCAUGGGCGGCGAGGAGUUGGCGCCGGUAGAGUACCCCAAAGCUUACAACGAGGAAUGGAAGGAAGAGCAAGACGCUGAGGCAGAAUGGGAGAAGUGGGUUAAGAAGUCCAAGCGACCGACCCAUCGUCUUGCUAUCUUCGACUGGACACCCUCCUGGCUACCUGGGUUUCCCCUGCUUAACAAAAAGGUUGACACUAUCUACUGGUGCAGACAAGAAUUGGCGCGGUUGAACAUGGAGAUCGAAAUCGACCAGAAAAAUCCGGAACGCUAUCCGCUCAUGAAGUCGGCAUUCAUCCAAUUCAACCACCAAGUUGCCGCCCAUAUGGCUUGUCAGAGCGUUAUCCAUCACGUUCCGAGACACAUGGCCCCUCGUACUGUCGAAAUUUCUCCCGACGAUGUACUCUGGGAAAAUAUGGCUCUUAGCUGGUGGUCUGAGUGGCUCCGGACUGGUGUUGCCGUGGCCGUUGUGGUUGGCAUGAUCAUACUAUGGGCUUUCCCGGUCGCCUUCACAUCUUCGAUCUCACAAGUCAGCACGUUGACAGACGAGUUCCCGUGGUUGUCAUUUAUUGAUGACAAUAAGACGAUUCACAAUAUCGUCUCAGGUGUUGCCGGUGUCCUGCCCGCCGUUAUUCUUGCGCUCCUUCUUUGGUUGGUGCCGAUUCUGAUGGGCUUCCUUGCUGGCUUUAAAGGAGCCAAGACAGGAGCCCAGAAAUCAGAGACGGUCCAAAAAUUCUAUUUCGCAUUCCUCUUCGUUCAAGUGUUUUUGGUUGUUUCUCUUGCUACUGGUGUACUCCAGACACUGGAGGAUCUGGCAAACCACCCGACGAUGAUCCCGGAUCUGUUAGCAGAGAAUUUGCCGAAGGCUGCUAAUUACUUCUUCUCUUACAUGAUUCUACAAGCUCUCAGUGUGAGCUCAGGUACAUUAUUGCAAAUUGGCGCCCUCAUCAACUGGUACGUCAUCGCGAGAAUGAUGAACAAAACGGCUCGAAAUAAGUGGUCUACCAAUACCAAGCUACCUGAGGUGAACUGGGGAACAUACUUCCCUGUAUACACGAACUUCGCCUGCAUCGCAUUGAUUUAUUCCGUCGUUGCUCCGAUUAUUUCUAUCUUCGCCAUCAUUACCUUCAGUCUCCUCUGGAUGGCGAAUAGAUAUGCCAUGCUUUACGUGAACCGGUUCACCAUCGAUACCGGCGGCGUGCUUUAUCCGCAGGCAAUUAAUCAGACCUUUACGGGGCUCUACGUAAUGGAGUUAUGUCUCGUCGGCCUAUUUUUCCUUGUUCGGGACCAAGACGGCGAAGUUGCAUGUGUUCCUCAAGCGAUCAUCAUGAUUGUAUCGAUCUUCCUCACGGUCAUAUAUCAGUUCCUUCUCAACAGGUCAUUCGGACCACUAUUCCGAUACCUGCCUAUUACUUUCGAAGAUGAAGCGGUACUUCGUGAUGAAGCAUUCCAACGCGCUCAGGACCGUCGGUUUGGUCUUGUCCGGGAUGACGACGAAGACGAUCAUAAAGAGGAGGCGCCGAGGCACAAUGAAGAUGGAUCUCAGGUCACUUCUAUGGACGGCAGCGACGACAAGACCGGACGAGGUAACAAGUUUACUAACUUCAAACCUGUUAAAGGCAUUGUCCGUGCUGGCACGUGGGCUACUCGCGGCGGAAAGACCACUUAUGACCGUACUCUUGGCAAGGCAGGAAGGGGACUGAUGAAUAUCAACCAGAGUGUCAUCAAGUAUCGCGAGGAGCGUCGAAAGAGGGAUCUAGAAGCGCAGAGAGCUAUUGGCGAUGCUCUAUACGGCGAUUUUCACGAUGAGAUCGAGGAUCUCACGCCCGAAGAACGAGAUGUGCUUGUGAGGCGCGCAUUCAUGCACUCGGCCCUCCGUGCAAGACGACCAACGGUCUGGAUUCCACGUGACGAUAUCGGAGUCAGUGACGACGAAAUUAGAAGAACAAAAGAGUUUAGCGAACAUAUAUGGAUCUCCAACGAAGGCACCGCGCUCGAUAGCAAGGUACGAGUCGUGUACGGGCGGGCGCCCCCAGACUUCUCAGAACUGGAUAUUAUCAGUCUCUAAAGAGAAGUAAGAGACAGGUGAACUGGAUUGUAUAUAGAAACAUACGAUGGAAUGACCAGUCUGGGCUUGUUGCAUAGCAUGCGGAGAACUAUACCCCAAUGUUGCAUUAGCAUUAUUAUCAUUUGCAAAUAGAACCCGGAUCAAGAGGCAUUGGGUUUCGGAAUUGGAUUUUACCUAAGCUUGUGUCUGUCAAGAGUCAGCGUGAACGUGACUGACUAAACAUCUCUAAGGGCGUUUGGGAGGUUGAGGUCUUGAAAAUUGGGUGGAUGGGUGAGAACAUGGGUUUUGUAUACUAUAUACCUACGUAGUAUGUGCCUAAUUGUAAUCAUUUUUGUAAAGACUCGGACAGCGCUUCAGGUAUUAUCAGCUCUUAGAAAGCACAAAAGCAUCCUUUAACACGCGUGCCCAAAUGCAUUAAAACGGGAGAGUCAUAUGACAAGUAACAUCACUUGAAGUCCGAGACAUACUACGUACGUACUCGUAACCUUAAUACAGUCCAGACCUCGAGUGUUCAGAGUUCGGCAUUGGGUCAGGCAUGUG